CGCCUGUCAGAAUAUCAAGGCCGUAGUGGUAGCCAAGGGACUUGCAAGUUGCUUCUGCUGUUUUACAUUACGAAAGUUGAAUGUACUGAUAGUAUUUGGAGUCGUUUAUUUCAUACCGCCGGGCAGUCGCUUGGAUCCUCUCAUUCAUCUCAGCUGCAAAAUUUGUGUUUUUUUCUCGACACGUCUUAAACGAAUUUUCCUUUUUCAGUUCGUUUUACGCGGCCUUGCCGGAGAUGUCGCAUCACAGCGAGGAGAACUUGCUGACGGCGUCGGGCGGGUCUUUUUGGGAGCCUGGCAUUUACAAACGGACUACAAAACGUAUUGAGGAUGGCAACCGACUGUGCACGGACCUGGUCCAAUUGGUGAUGGACCGGGCCGAGAUCGAAAAGAAUUACGCAAAGAAUCUCAAAGCCUGGUCAAAGAAGUGGAACGAGCUCAUCGAGAAAGGACCUGAAUACGGAACGACGGAAGCAGCCUGGAAAGGAGUCCUUGUGGAGUCGGACCGUCUUUCUGACUUGCAUACCAAAAUUAAGGACCAUCUGUCGGAGGAUGUUCCCGCUCAGAUCAAAAGCUGGCAAAAGGAAGCCUACCACAAGUCGAUGAUGGUGUUGAAAGAGAAGAAAGAAAUGGACGACUGCUUUAAAAAAGCCCAGAAACCAUGGGUCAAGAUCCUAAAUAAAGUGGACAAGGCCAAAUUGGACUACCAUAACGCGUGCAAAGCUGAACGAUCGGCUUCCAAUCAGGAGAGGAACGCUACCGGAGACAACGCAGUUUCGCCCGAACAGGUCCGCAAACUGCAAGAACGCGUCCAGCGAGCCAAGGAGGAAGUGCAACGAACCAAGGAGAAGUACGAGGCCGCCUUGCAAGAGAUCAACUCAUACAACCCCAAGUACAUGGAGGACAUGCAAGAAGUGUUUGACAAGUGCCAGCAAAUGGAGGCCCAGCGACUCACUUUCUUCAAAGAAGUUCUAUUCAAUAUUCACAAAGGAUUGAAUAUCAGUCAGGAUCCAACGUUACCGCAAAUCUACGAAGAAUUAUACCACACAGUCAACAACGCCGACCACGACAAGGACCUCAAGUGGUGGUCAUUUAAUCACGGAGUCAACAUGGGCAUGAACUGGCCACAGUUUGAGGAUUAUUCGGAAGAAUUCCGCGACAUUGGCGGCGUCAAAGGAAAAGGCAAAGCGCAACUACCCGAAGGCGCCAUCACUCUCAUCAAUCAGCGUAUCGUCACCGACGACCUUCCCGAACCCGGAUCGACCCAAACGGGUUUGGAUAAGGGACGCAAAGGGAGCACGAAAAAUGCCGAAAGCCGUUCGAUUGGAGCCGUGGCAUCGACUUUGAGUAGCGGCAGCAGCAACUCGGGCGGCAAAAGUCCUGGCACUGGUACGAUCGGCAACAACGGCAAUGCCGAUAAGAACAACAGAAGUGGAGAAAGUGCAAACGUCAGCAACGGAACGACAAACCGACCGGAAGGCAACCCAUUCGAGGAGGAAGAAUGGGACGAAUAUCCCAACGAAGCCCUGGUCGAUAACGGAGAACCGGGCGUUCCCGUCAAAGCUCUUUACGACUACGAGGGUGCGGAAUUUGACGAAUUGAGCUUCAAAAAAGGCGAUGUUUUUGAAAAGCUGGAGGAUGAAGACGAACAAGGCUGGUGCAAAGGUCGUAAAGACGGGAGAGUGGGUCUCUAUCCGGCCAAUUACGUCGAAACUGUCGAUUGAGAAAAUAUGCUGGAGAUACGUGCCGAAAAAUGAAAGAAUGUGAAAGGCAUCGUUUUCUUUUUGUUGUUGGUCUUCAUUAUCAUCCAUCGUCGACUCUUUGCAUCAUUCGUUACAUUUUCGAUCGCUAAUCCUAUAAUCAACUUCACCUCCCGAAAACACACAUCUAGAGACAACCGACUUUUGCUUUUUUGUUUUCGAAAAAAAAAAUUAUCCAUCAAAUGAUUUUCAAUAAGUUUAUAAUGCACGUCUCUCUCUUUCUCAGCCUUUCCAGUACCAAAACUUAAAUAUGGCGCGCGUGAGUGUGUGUGAGUGUCUUGUGUGUUUGAUGAUGCCAGCCGAGAAUGAAUCAUUCUGCCAGUCGUUUUUCUUCUUAUUGGCCUCUCAACUCUUUAACCUAUUAGUAGCUGACAUCAUCGACGACAUCCUCCCUUCCUGUCUUACACAUAUUAUGUCACUCUUUCCUUUUUUUUGGCAGCUGUUGUGUAUCCACACAUCUCGUCUGGCACCUUCGAUGUUAGGUUGGCAUUGCGGACCCUCCCCCUCUCCUUGUGUGCGUAGUCCUCUGCGUCUCACACCGACACGCGUAUCACCCAUGUGCCCGUCUUCCUCGUUGAUUAACUUGCAAAAGUCUGACACCUUGUUCGCAGUUAAACUAUAAAAAAAAAAAAACGAAAAAAACGAAAAAAAAGCAAAAGAAAAUGAUAGUUUAGUUUCUUCACAUAAACACUACCCAACCAACUGACACACACACACAUACUUUGCAUACUAUAUAAUAAUUGUCUCGUGUAUUGUAUAAAACAAACAAUUUAGGGCUUUGUUAAUGAACAUAUUAACCUUGUCAUUCCCUUCCCCUUGAGUUGAAUAUUAAAGGAUAGAGGGCGGAGUUAUAGGAGUUUGCUCUUAUUUUUGCCUCUUCUCUCUCUCUCUCUCUGUGUGUGUUGACCAGUUCCGCCUUAAUUUUUUUUGUUUUUCUUGUACCACUACCUUCUUUGCAGUUUUUCUCCUUUGGGUUUAUUUUUAUUUCUUCUUUUUUGUGUGGGUCGGCUGCUCAACAAACAUGUUAGCACUUGCGUCUCCUCCGCCCCCCUCCCCCAUUGGACUUUUGUGUGUAUGUUUUUCCUUUUGUUUGUUUUUCUGUUUGGUCUCUCAUCGACGAUGAUGAAACAGGAAUGCCAGAGAAGAAGUGAGAAGAGAAAACGCAUCGAUUUUUAUUUUGCGUUAUUUUGAUUACGAUUCCAAAAAGCCCACAAACGCUACAUUUUUGUUUGUUUGGUUGCUUCUUCUUUCGCCUUUUUCUUUCUUUUUCUUUUCUAAGUUUAUCUGUUUGUCUGUCCCUGUCCUUCUCUCCAAGACCCAAGAUUAAACUAUAUCAGUGUGCUUA